AUGACAGUCGUAGAGCUAGUAAAUCAACUCAUACAUCGAAGUCGAACAUAUAAGAGCACCCGGAGCCAAGAUGUAGAUGGCAAGGAGCAGGGAAAUAGCGUAGACGAUGCCGUUUAUAAGGAACUGAAGGAUAUAUUACAGACUUUCCAUUAUCCAAGUUAUAACCAACCUACCGAGGACCCUGACGAUGCCGCAAGGACUCGAUUUCUCCUUGGGGAAUCCAUACGGCGUAUCUUUAAUCAUGCUGCAAAUACCAAGGAGAUUACAACCAAGAUAUGUUAUAAUCUCUUGACAGCCGGUGUGCCUCCGAGUAUCCACACUUAUAAUACGUUAAUUGCAGGCUUCAACCGGAUUCAACGUCCUGAUCUCGCGCAGACAGUUGUCGAUUCCUACAUCCUCAGAACAACCUGGCCUGCCACUGAGCAGACCGCCGUAUGUCUGCUCAAUCACUACCGAGGGGUAAAUAAGGAAGAAGGCAUACGAGAUAUCAUCCAACGAAUGAGGGGUGUCAGAGGUGAUGGUCUACAUUUUCGAAUUAUCGACAAGAAAGCUAUUUAUACGCGAGACUGGUUAGCAUGGGCUAUAGAAAACUGCGCCUCGCGCAAGUAUACCUAUGUGGAACGAAUGCGGCGAACGGAUGUUGUAUUCACUAGUAUUAUAAAAGGCUGGUUGUACUGUGGAGAACUCGGCAAUGCUGGAGCGGCCUUUGUGACAUGCGUGCGUUAUGGAGGUUCGAUCACCAUUCAAACGCUCCAGGAACUCUUCACAGCAUGUCUAUCAACAGUUGAUUACACCGCAGCACGGCGAUUGGUGGCGGGGUUGGCUAAGAACAUGCGCAGCUUUGCGACUUGGAUCGAUUGUACUAUUCGUCAAGAAUCAGUAAACACGUCGCGUCAACUUAUCAUGAGCCUCUUAAAUCUAGUUGACAUCUGCCUGCUUCCGUUUAAUUUCACGCCUGUCUCCGAAUCCUACAACCAGACAUUGCAGGAAUUAAGAUCUCUAAUCAGCCUUACCCGAUUCGAGCUCGAGAUAGAAGAGACGGCGAAUCUAUGCGUGGCCACGAUCGAGGAAUUGACUUCGAGUGGGUCACUGGUAACCCGGCUUGAUAAGGCUCUUGCCAUGCUCGACUCAGCUCAGCUCAGCAAGCAAAAGGCUGCAAGGUCACUCGCUCAUUUCGGCAGGCUGGCAGAACUCCUUUCUAUUGAAAGGAGGUGCCGCGACCUAGAAACAAGAAUCAAGACCACAACAGCUUUAACGACGGCUACCAUCCUCAAAAUUAAGACGGGAUAUGAACUUGACCCAUCUGCAAUUCUUACUUCAAAACAAGAAUCCCCGAUUUGGUAUCAGCGAGAGUAUUUCUUAUGGUACCAGCGGCAUCGCCACAACGCCCUCAUCAAUGCUCUUCAAAAUAUUCAAAUCAACUGGGGUCCGAUGACAAAAGAGGAUAUAAGGAUGCAACUUCUUCGACGCCUACCUGACCCUGUUCUGUCGAGAAGGCUAGGGAAUUCUGGGCACCCAGAGAACCUAGGUAUAAGAGCAUUGACGAGCUUUUAUUUAUCAGGCGUGACACACACCAAUGGGCACCAAGAUGUCUCUCAUGGUAGGCCUAUACACCAGCUCAAGCAAGAACUUGAUGACAUUGAAAACACGAUCAGAGCUAUACUAUUCGCUCACCUCAGCGGCGAUACUCAGAGAAAGCUUAGAUUCCAGUAUCCGAACUUCUACAAAAUGCCUUUCAAGAAACUUUACAAGUACCAAUUGCGGAGAAGCAUCUUCAAGACGGUCUCUGGCAUAGAUGAGCAUCAGUCCGGCAUUAUCAAACCACACGACCAAAUAAAACCGGCAACCAGAGGCAGCGAGGGAGCAUUGGGGAUACCGAGAGAUAUACAUCUAGGUAUUGAAGAGGGGUUACAUUUGGACCACCCAAGCACCAAGCUUCGCUCAGCGAGUUCAUCUGAGUUGCGCGAUGCUGGCGCCGCUUUCCCCCUGUCCGCGUUAGGAUGA